CAAAGAGGUGAUGGAGUGCAGGUGAGUGUCAUGAGGUACUGGUGCGUGAGACGAUGGUGACAGGUGUGCGGGAUAAUCAGCAGCCUGAUGACCUAGAGGCCGGAGAGGGAGUAUACGUGACUCCCGGACUCAAGUACUAUUUCAAAUCAUUUCAAAUACUUAAGCUUGAUUGAGCUGCCUGUUGCAGUUUAAUUAUUACAAAAGUCCCAAAAGUGCAAAUGCUCACAUGGCACUCCCGUCAGGCUAAAACAAAUGUUGUAAAGAUUUGAAAUAGUAGUGGAAGGCAGGGCUGGAGACUACAGAGGGUCAGUCUGAGUGCCACCAGCAACACUGUAACGGUGACAGGGCCACUUCAUGCAAAUGACCAACCAAACCAUGUAUAUAAGGUGUUUGUGUAUAUAAUGUGUGUGUGUUGUGAUAUGACAUUAUGAUGUGUUUCGUGUGUAUAUAUAACAUGGUUGUGUCAGUGUUAUAUGAUAUAGUGUGUGUGUUGUGAUAUGACAUUAUGACGUGUUUCGUGUGUAUAUAUAACAUGGUUGUGUCAGUGUUAUAUGAUAUAGUGUGUGUGUUGUGAUAUGACAUUAUGACGUGUUUCGUGUGUAUAUAUAAUGUGGUUGUGUCAGUGUUAUAUGAUAUGAUGUGGUUGUGUCAGUGUUAUAUGAUAUAUUCUGUGUGUGUUGUGUUUACCUCGGUACCCCAGUUUAAGGACUUCUACAACGAGCGCAGCGUGAACCGAGUUGGACUGCAGUGUCUACACUUCCUCAACGAGAUCAUCUCAGACUUUGAUGAGGGCUGUGAUGUGUCCUACAGCCAUGUGUGCAGCAUGGUAGAGUUUGCCAUUGCUCUGAAGAACAACCUGGAGUCCAUCAACCAACACUCCUUCAACAGAUUCAAGCUACGAAUCGAAAGUCAGAGGGAAGGGACCUUCUCCUUCAGUACGGUUGAGGAUGCACAGAAUCAAGGAAAGACUAAAAGAGAUCGAGCCUUAACUUGAGAGAGAGAGAGAUCCCACUGCAGGUGGUGUGACCAAGAGAUGAGUCAUCACCGGCAAAGGGGAACUCAACACCGACUGACCAAUCAGCUCCUCUGUUCUGACCUCUCCAACCAGUCAUCAACACUCAUCUGACCAAACAAUUUUGUGUUAGAAAUGCCCGGGUUGAUUUCUGGUUCCAGUAGGUUCCUUUCUGUUUUCUGAAGACGUUAAACCACAAUCCAGACUGUCAAAAUAUAUAUACUUGGUUGGCGAAAAUUUGUGAUCAUUUAUUCAUUGUGUUUUUAAUGACUCUCUACUCAUGUACUACUGUAUGUACAGUGAGGGGAAAAAGUAUUUGAUCCCCUCGUUUGCCCACUAACAAAGAAAUGA